AUCAAAGAGAAUGAUUGUUUAUCAUUUUAUUUCUUUCUUUCUUUAAAAAUUAAUUCUUAUUUUCUAAAAAAGAAUAUUAGGGAAUUCUCCAGAAUUUUUCCCUUAAACGUAGAAAUAAUUCUCUAUUUAUAGAUACUAUUAAUAAUAUAUAAAAGUUCAUUAUUGGUGCAAGCAAUAAGUUGGUUUGUUUACAUCGUUUUUAUAACUACUUUAUUUUUAAUCGUUUUUUAAUAAUCACAAUUAUUACCAAAGAAGAUAAAUAAGAGUGAGGUUAUGUAAACAAAACACAUUUCUCUUUAAAUUUAAAAAAUAAAAAUACAAUUAUAAUUCAAUUGAUUGAUAAUUAAAUAAAAUGCAAGUUGACACUGAGAAAGAAAUUAACAAAUCUGUUUUAAAACGUCCACGAAAGGAGAAUUUAAGUGACGAUGAGGAAUUGGCAAAAGUAGAAAAUCUUCAAGAGCAAAUACUUGAGGCAAAAAUAAUUGUCAGUGGAAAAAAUGAAAUUGUAAGACUACCUGAAAUUGAAACAGUUUUUUAUGAAAAUGAACAGCCAGGUGUACAAGAGCCAGACGAAGAAAUUAAACCCCCAGAGGGACGUCGCAUCGUCGAUCUUAUGGAACUGGGAAAAAGAUUAUGGUGUUCAACUUGCAGAGAAGUACUUUCUUUGAGCUAUUUAGAAAAAGAAUAUCGCCGCGGAUUGGGAUCAUUGUUAUUAAUAAGAUGUCAUAAAUGUAAUGUUCUUAAUGAAGUGAACACUAGCAAAUUACAUGAAAUAAAUUCCGAAAGACGUACUACACGUUAUGAUGUAAAUACAGACGUCACAUUAUGUGUUCUACAUACUGGACUUCCUUUGGGAACAGUUAAUAGAGUGUUGUCUCAUUUGAAAAUUCCACCGGUUAAUUCGUGGGUUUAUAAAAAAAGUGAAGAGGAAAUUGGAAAAGAAGAAGUAGCUGCAAUAAAGGCGAAACGAAGUAAAUUUGGUUAUCCACGAGAAGAAAGCUAGUAAAUUAUAAGAAGAAACGAAAAAGUAAAUUCUUAAAACUGUAAUUUUAAUUAAUAAUUUAAAAAUUUGUUUUUUUUACAUUAUUCAUUACUUGUGGAUUUAUAAUUAAUAAAUAGCUUAGUUUCCUUAUUUGAAAUAAAAAUUUCAAUGUUAACUAAAUAGUUAACUUAAUUUUUUGUAAUUUACAAAUAAAUAACAAGUUUUAUAUCUAUAUAACUGCAAGGAAACGCGUCAUUUAAUUUUUUAUUGUUAUUUUGCAAAU